AUGGAUCGUAUGGACUACCUUGAGUGGGCUUGCUCAGUCCUGGUGAAAUCAUUUCGCUCGCUAGUCCCUAGACUAAAGCUGAACAUUCAAGCGUUCGACUUCAUGGGAACUCAUCACCAUAAAUUUCCGGGUACGAGGGAAGAGAAGGGGUGUGUAGAAUAUGUUGUUUCCGCUGGUACACGAGGCUUAACAGUCUGGGAAGCCUGCAAGCAUGGUGAAGUUGCGGCUCUUGAUAGAAAUGAAGAGUACGUCGGCUGUAUCGAUGGUGCCACCGACUUACAGCUUCUGGUUCGGAGGCCGAGACAGACUCACUUGAAGCGUCGCCACGAGAACAGCGUCGAAACUUGGGAAGUACGCAGGAGCUUGGAAACACAUUUGACUUCUUUCUUCCAGAAACCAGCCGUCGUAGACAAGGUCCUCUUGGAUAUUGCGGCCACUUUCGUAACCAAAAGAUGGACUAUCCACUGCCUUGUCUUCUCACCUCGUAAACCAUCAUAUCCUCUUGCCAAAAACACCCAAUCCCCAAGUUGA